CCGUGCCUGGGCAGGGCCCUUCCCGCGCGAGGCAGGCGUGAGGCCGCGCGCUAGCCCCGCGCCGUGACGCAGGCGCGGGCGGGCCUGGCAGUGGCGGAGAUGGCACUGUCAGACUCGGUCACUACUUGUCUUUCUCCACCUGUGCGUUAUGUGAUUUGCAAACUUGGAUACGAGAAAAAAGACACCUAUGAUAUUAGUAAUAUUUUGUCUGAAAAUGGUGAAGUAUGUUGGCAAGCUGUUACAGACCAUGUAUGUUACCUUGAAUCAGAUCAAAGCGUGGACUAUAUCAAAAGCAUACGAUCAUUAGGACCUGUAUGUGAAUCUGUUAAUUUGCACUUCAAAUCUCUGACCAAGGAUCAGUUUGUAGUUCAGUAUGCAUUAUGGUUCCACUGGACAAACUACACAGAGUUAUUUAUUGAAAUAUUUGAUGUUCUACGAUAUUCACAGACUACGGAAGUUGCUCUUGGCUUAAUGAAACUAACAUCAUGCUUGGAGCGAGCCUUGGGUGAUGUGUAUUUACUGAUUGGUAGAGAUUGCCCUUUCCUUCUAAGAGACUUGAUUGCUUCUGAGCAGCUUGCACUUGUCUUUGGACAAGCCGUAAUGAAUGUACUGAAGGUAUUCAUUGGAUCUCCCAGUGGUCUGAAUCUUCGUAAUGUUUUGUGGCAUGGGUUUGCAUCCCCACAAGAAAUUCCUGCAAAAUAUUGUGCUAUGCUGCUUUUUUUAACUGCAGGAUUGGGUCAGUUGUUACAGAUAUAUCUUCUGCAAACUAAAUUCAUUUUAGUACAUCGACCAUAUGUGAUCUUCAGUAGCUUAGAGGAGCUUGAGGUAUUUCCAGAUCUUAAUAAUGAAGCACUUUCCGUAGCUGAAGAGCUAGUAAAAUUGUCCAGUUUUGUAUUAAAAACAAUGCUACCAUUUUGGAUGGCUGCUUUAACAGCUUUCAAGCAAAGCAGGUAUGCUGACUGUGUGAUUCUCUUACUUCCUCAGCUGGAAGUUGGACUUAGAUUGCUUUUCACUACAACUAAUAAAUGUCCAAAUCGAAUGCUAACAGCCGAGUCUUCUGCUCUCUACACCACUUUUGAUGAGAUGCUAGCAAGGAAUUUGGACAAUGAAGAAGUCAACCAACUUCCUGCAGUUCUUGAGGAACCUGCCAUGGAAUUUCUUUGGGAUUUCUUGAACCACCAGGAGGGUCCACGUAUAAGAGAUCGUUUAAGCCAUGGAGAGAUCGAUCUAAAAGCAUUUCCCAAAGAAGUAGCUAAUCAGAUAGUUGCAUUUGCAAUUACUCUUCUCUGCAGGUUCUCAGAUGAGGACAUGUUUGCUUUUAAGGAACACCUGGUUAUAAAACCACUGAUGAACUGUGCAAGUUGCUACCGUUCUCGAUUUCAUCCAAUUUCCCAGCUCAAGAAACAGGUGCUGGAAUGCAUGAAGAGCAUUCACUUAUGGCCUGAGUUGCCAGCAGUGCCUGAGGAAUACAUUGGGACAAUGAAAGGAUUGGAAGGAAAUUCUGAAGCCAGUACUUUAAUUUUGAUGAUAUCUGAAAUUAUAUCUCAGUUGCAGCAAUAUAUGCCCCAGAAUUGCUACAGUUCAGAUGACCCAGUCAAUAGUGUCCUAACAGAGAGGUUGCUGGCUGAAGUUUGUGCUAUGCAUGUUUGCACACUUUAUUCUCCACGACCUGUUCUGGAAAUCCUGGUGGUACUUCGUAAAAUAAGCACACAGUGCCAUCAAGUGUCUAAACAAGUUAUUGCCAGCACAGAGUUGAGGUACAAACAGUGGAUGAACAAGACUCUACGUUCUCGCCAGAGGCAUAACUAUCUGCGAAUGCUGAACAGCAUUAAGCUUUUGUCUCCAAUGUUACGUCUCAUCUUAGUGCUGAUUACUUUGGAACUAGUCAACAUCCAUUUGGUUUCUAAGAAGAAUCCUUUUGAUUAUCAGCAGUAUCUAAAGUUUUUGAAGUCAAUCUUGCAGUAUACUGAGAACUUGGUGACAUACACAAGUCCUGAGAAAAACAAGUGGGAUGAAACCAUGGAGCUCACAAACAAGGCUUUGAUAAAAAUAAGGAAAAUCAGUGACAGAAAGCUAAUGUUAAUGCUGCUGGCUACAUAAAUUUAAUGGUUUUAAGAUUAUUUGGACGUUAUAUCUUAAGAGUUCUCGAGUUCUCAAAUAUGACAAGUCUCGUUCAAAGACAAACUUCAUCAGUCAUUGGCAAAUUUGAGGUGCCAAAUACAGUCUUUUUAUUAGAAGGUGGCUGUUGGGGCUGGAGUUGAAUGAUCAAGCUCCAAAGAGUGGACUAUUUGCCAAAUCCAGCAAAAAGAUUUACUGUGAGCUAAAUCAUGAUGAGGCAAGUUCUGCCUGAAGUAUGUAUUUCGUAGCUUGUGUGGGGUUUUUUUUCAGUUUUUUGAUAGUUUUCUAUUUUACUGAAAACAUCUAAGAAGAGAGUGUGACUAAAAUAUCUGGAAAAUUUUAAAUCCAAAAAUUAAUUUUUUACUCUGAUAUGUACUGGAAAUAAUGUCAGACACUGUGAUCAACAGGGCAAGAAAUUAUGAACAUUUAGCAUAAAGCAGUGCUCUCUAGCAGCUGUUGUUGUUAUUGUUGUUGUUGUUGAACAACAACUGUUGUUGUU